CCCACCCGCGGUGCGCGCACGCGAGGCCUCCCACCGCGCCUGCGCCUGGCAUGGACGCUGGCUCGCCUUUCCCCGACGCCCCGCGGUCCCGGCCAGGGUGAAAAACUGCGUGACACGCAGCGAGCGUGGCGGCCAUCUUCUUCAGGAGACGUCAGUCGAACCCGUUAGGGUUGAAGAAGAGCGUUGCGCAAGCGCGCCCAAGACAGUUGCAGGUAACUCCCAUCUGACGGGUGAGGCGUCGCCGUCGUCGCCGGAAGUUUGGCGUUUGGGCGCCGCGGGGGAGGUGGCUGUCGCAGCAGAAGCAGCUGAGUGUCUCUCGGUACCCGGAUGUAAGGCGGACCGCUGGCUCCCGUAGACUCUCCGCCAGGCGUGAGGAAGGUACGCGAGCGUCCCGACUGUCUCCGCCGCCUGCUGUCGGGCCGCCUGCAUCUACAUUUCCUUCUUGCCAGCUUCUCUAAAGGGCUGGACGGCUCUCCCCUUUCCUUUCUCACCUCGUGUCGUGUUGCCCCGCACGCCUCUUCCUAUUUCUCUUGUCCCAGUUCCUCGCGCCUUUGGGAGGCAGUGGGCAGCUCCCAAACGCCGUCGCUUGAGAUUGUUUUAUCUUAGCUAUAGAAUUUUCGUUUAAAGAUUAAUUCCCAAAUAACAUGGGAAGAUAUUAGAAGCAUCUUUCAUUAGAAGCAUCAUCAGUCAACUUAAAGAAGAAAGAGAUAUGUGAUUUCCAUUUCUGUAAGGUGCCAUAUAAUGUAUUGAGCUAUAAUAAGGAAUGAUUUUGUCAAAUUUUCAUGAGUUAUGGUGGCUGAAAGAUCAAUUCUGUCUUGCGGGAAAAGAACUAAAUGGCAGCACAAAAGGAAAUCUAUAUUAAUAAAAUAUUUUCUUAAACGAAAGAGGUUAUAUAAGAACUUUGAACCAGCAGACUCAGCAAACAAGGGGAGAAACGUGUUAGCUGUAAGACAUGUUUCAAAUGAAUCAAAGUUCAGUAUCUGUAGACUCCAGAAGACAAAAGUUUUCAAAAACUCUGUCAAAACAGACAGGUCAGUGAUAAAUAACUUCUCCAGUAAUAGGGUUAGGCCUGAAAUCCAAUAUUAAUCAAGAAAUUACCAAAACAGAUUGAACUAAAUUUUGUUUCAUAAAAAGUUCUAAAAAUAUCAAAUUAGAAUUAAAUUUUCUUCAAAUUUAUAUCGCCUUUCCCAAAGCAAAGUAGAUAUCUUUCAGUCUUGAUGCCAGCUUUUCUCAUAUUCUAGGGAUGACGGAAACCUUACUUGAAGCAAACUAGUAUUUUGUUGAAAAUGUGUAUCAGCAUCAAAGUCAAUUUUUAAGACCUGCACCUCAGUAAUAAUCCUGGACAUUCAGCAUUCUCACCUAUCAGGACACAAGAAUCCUCUCAGAAGAUAUUCAGAACAGGAGGACCUGACUCAGGAAUGAUGUCCCUUCAGGAGAAAUCAAAAGAAAAUCCCUCCAAUGUUAUUAAAAAAAGUGAUGAUAAGAAUUUAGAAGCACAAAUUCAAGGUUCUCAAAAGAAUCUAGCGAAAAAAUUGAAUCCAAAGGAAGCUAUAAAAUCACUAGUUAAAUCUUCUAGUGAAAGUAAAAUAAAUCAGCCUGAAUUAGGCGUAUGUAUGAGUACGAGGUCAGCAACAGCAGCAUUCAAUGAUGAAAAAGCUAAUAAGUCCAUUAAUAAAAAUAUGGCGACUGUGAAAAGACAUUCACAACAAGAAUCUACAAAAAAGAAGAAAUCUCAGAAAAAAUCAGUGCAUGAGACCCCAAAAUCAAAUGAACAGCUUAACCGGAGAUCACAAAGACUACAACAGCUAACAGAGGUUUCAACAAGGUCUCUUCGUAGUAGAGAAAUUCAGGGUCAAGUUCAAGCAGUUAAACAGAGUUUGCCACCAACAAGAAAAGAGCACUGUAGCAACACUCAAAGUAAAUCUAAUAAAGUUAAAACAACUCAAAAACAUGUAAAAAGAAAAGUACUGGAAAUAAAGUCUGAUUCUAGAGUAGAUGAAAAUCCAGUCAUUAAUAAUGAGGUAAAUUCCCCAAAAGGAAAAAAACGUAAAGUAGAGCAUCAGACAUCUUACGCUUGUACUUCUCAGCAUGUAAAAGGACCUGAAGACUGUCUUCAGAAGAAUACUAGGAAAGGAGAAACAAAAUCUGUGCCUGUAACUUCUGAGAUAAAAAGAUCAAAAAUGGUUACUAUAGUGGUCUCUAAAAAGAAUGAGAUGAAGAAGUCAGUUCAUUCACAAGUGAAUACUAGUUCAAAACCUCAAAAAAGUCCACAGCCAUCAGUGCCUGAACAAAGUGUAGAUAAUGAACAAGGAGGAAAAAGCAAACGAGGUAGCAUUCUUCAGCUCUGUGAAGAAAUUGCUGGUGAGAUCGAGUCAGAUACUGUAGAGGUAAAAAAGGAAUCUUCACAAACAAAAAGUAUAAAGGAGGAAAAGCCUACAGAAAUAAAAUCAGAACAGACUGAUAUUGAAAGACAAACGCUUUAUCAGAAGGAAACGAAUCAGGAUGUUCAAUGUAAUCGUUUCUUCCCCAGUAGAAAAACAAAGCCUGUGAAAUGUAUACUAAAUGGAAUAAACAGUUCAGCUAAAAAGAACUCCAACUGGACUAAAAUUAAACUCUCAAAAUUUAACUCUGUGCAGCAGAAUAAGUUGGACUCUCAAGUUUCCCCUAAAUUGGGCUUAUUACGAACUAGUUUUACACUACCAGCAUUAGAGAUGCCUCAUCCAGUUACUCAAAGUACAUUUUUAGGGACAAAACCACAUGAUGAUAAAAACAUAGCUUGCCAGCAGGAAGAAAUGAAAGAAAUUAAUUCUGAAAAAGGUAAAAUUAGUGAUAUUACAGUUGAAAUUAAUGAAACCACAAAAAGGGCUCCUGAAAAUUGUCAUUUGGAUAAUAAGAUCAAACCACCUCCUGACUCACCAUUGGAUAACCAGAUGAAAGAUUGUUUUGAAUCAACACCAGAUAAGAAUUUCAGCCUGUGUUUGGAAUCUAAGCUGGAAAACAAUCCAGUGGAAAAUAACAUUGCUGUUUCAACUCUGCUUAGUCAAGCAGAACUUGAUACAGGGGAGAGUAAAUUUCCAGGUUCACCUCCCAAGCAGCACAGUAUACUCAUUAACCAAACAUCUAACACCAGUGAUAACAGAGAAACACCACCAAAUCAUUCUUGGCCUAAGUGUAAUUCCCAUUUGGAGAUAACAAUCCCAAAAGACUUGAAAUUAAAAGAAGCAGAGAAAGCUGAUGAGAAACAGUUGAUCAUAGAUGCGGGACAAAAAAGAUUUGGAGCAGUUUCCUGUAAUGUUUGUGGCAUGCUUUAUACAGCUUCAAAUCCAGAAGAUGAAACACAGCAUCUGCUCUUCCACAACCAGUUUAUAAGUGCUGUAAAAUAUGUGGGCUGGAAAAAAGAAAGAAUUCUGGCUGAAUAUCCCGAUGGCAGGAUAAUUAUGGUUCUUCCUGAAGACCCAAAGUAUGCCCUGAAAAAGGUUGAUGAAAUUAGAGAGAUGGUUGAUAAUGAUUUAGGUUUCCAACAGGCUCCACUAAUGUGCUAUUCCAGAACUAAAACACUUCUCUUUAUUUCCAAUGACAAAAAAGUAGUUGGCUGCCUAAUUGCAGAACAUAUCCAAUGGGGCUACAGAGUCAUUGAAGAGAAGCUUCCAGUUAUCAGGUCAGAAGAAGAAAAAGUCAGAUUUGAAAGGCAAAAAGCCUGGUGCUGUUCAACAUUGCCAGAGCCUGCAAUCUGUGGGAUCAGUCGAAUAUGGGUAUUCAGCAUGAUGCGUCGGAAGAAAAUUGCUUCUCGCAUGAUUGAAUGCCUAAGAACUAGGAAAGCUCAUCUUUAAAUUUAUAUGGAAUCUCAAGGGACCCUGAAUAGCCAAAACAACCUUGAAAAAGAACAAAGUUGGAGGUCUCUUGCUGAUUUUAAACGUAUUACAAAACCACGGUAAUGAAAUCAAUGUGAUAGUGACAUGAAGACAGACAUAUAAACAAAUGGAAUAAAACUGCUGAGCCCGGCAUUAUAUUCUUGCAUAUAUGGUCAAAUUAUUUUUGACAAAAGCAUCAGUGUGAAAAGAACAAUCUCUUCCACAAAUGUUUUUGGGAAGCUGGAUAUCCACAUGCAGAAAAAUGAAGUUGGACUUUUCCUUACAUUAUAUAAAAAAAUUAAAGUGGCCUUGGUUGGUGUAGCUCAGUGAUGUUGCUCUUUCUCCCUCUCUUCCCUUCUCUCUGAAUAUGAAUAAAUAAAAUCUUUUAAAAAAUGGAUCAAAGAUCUAACUGCAAGAGCCAAAUCUAUAAAACUCUUAGAAGAAAACAGAGGAAAAGCUUGUGACAUUGGACCUGGCAGUGAUUCCUUGGCUGUGACACCAAAAACACAGGCAAGAAAAGAAAAAACAGAAAACCAGACUAUGUAAAAAUUUGAAACUUCAGUGCAAAGGACACAACCAUGAAAAGACAACCUAUAAAUUGGGAGAAAAUAUUUACAAACCAUGUAUCUGAUGAGGGGUUAAUAUUUAGAAUAUAUAAAGAACAAGUCAACAAUAAAAAAAAACCUGAUUAAAAAGUAGGCAAAGCACUUGAAUAGAUUCUCCAAAGAAAAUACACAAAAGGCCAAAAUGCACCUGAAAAGAUACAUAACAUCACUAAUCCUUAGGGAAGUGCAAAUCAUAUCCUAGUAAGAUAUACCUGACGCCCAUUAGAAUGGCUGUUAUAAAAAAAAAUGUUGGUGCGGAUAUGAAAAACCUGGAAUCAUUUUGCACUAUUGGUAGGAAUAUAAAAUUAUACAGCCUUUAUGGAAACAGUAUGCUAAUUCCUUAAAAAAAUUAAAGAUGGAAUUUUUAUAUGAUUCAGCAAUUCCACUUCAGGGUAUAUCCAAAAGUAUUAAAAAUAGUCUUGAAAAGGUAUUUGUACACCCUUGUUCAUAGCAGCAUAUUCACAAUAGGCAAAAGGUGAGGGUCAGUCCACAUGUCCAUUGAUGGAUGAAUGGAUCAAGAAGAUGUGUGAUAUACAAUGGAAUAUUAUUCAGCCUUCAAAAGGAGUAAGUGGUACUGAGAUUAACUUUUGCUAGAUGAAGAGAGAGUUCUGGAGAUUGGUUGAACAACAGUGUGAGUCUAUCGAACACUGCUGAUCUGUGAAAGGACAGAGCCAGACCCAUUUGUAUUGCGGCAUCAUUUGCUGAGCAGGCCUGUGACCUUGUUAAACACGGCUACCAUUUUCCUCUUCUGAGCUUGUCUCCAGGCCCGGAAAUUACUGCAAGAACAGAACUAACCUCUCCCUACAGCCAUGGGCGAAGAUAACGUUGGAACAAAGGGCAACCUCCUGUUACAAAGCCCCAGCAGCCCAGUGGCCACAAACAGAAACCCCCGCCCUUUUUAAAUCCAAUUAUAAUCCAAUGGAAGCUCCAAGCUCCAACCCCUCAAUGCUGGUGUCUCUCUCCACACCCUUUUCCUUUCUUGGACAGCGAAUAAAAACUUUACUG